AUGGCCAAGCUGAAGGUGACAGCGGUGUGGAAGAGGCUACCAUCAAUGGAGAAAAUGAAAUCAGCCAAAAAUGAGCAGAAGCAGCCUGAGUUUGAGUUUCAGCGUGGAAGUUUUGAAGCACUAGUGAGGCCUGUUAAUGUUGGAAGGCCUUUGGUUGGUGGAGCACCAAAAAAUGAUGAGAGUGACACCUUCCUUGAACUUCAGGAUUCGAUGAGCGUGGCUAGCAAUACUGAAGCUGAUGAUGCUGAGAAAUAUCAAAGCAACUUGCAAUUUCCACAAUGGGGUGGGCGCACACCUCUUAUCCUACGGCUCAGUUUGUUCCGUGAUUCGUGCAGGGCUUUGCCCGUGCUGAAAUCUGCAAAGAACUUAGAGAUUGCAAGGCUGUCGGAUAGGGUCCAGUACUAUGAAGCUGCAAACAGGGAAAUGUCCCAAAGAAACCAAGAAGCUAUCGAGAUGUCAAGGCAACAACGCUAG